CCCAGAUGUGUCAUCGCAAAGUCCCCUGAUCCAGAUGGUCGAGCACCUCUUGAGAGUAUAAAAACAUCUGCACCACUGGAGAUUGUGUGUAUAGACUUUUGGACAGCAGAGGAUUCUAACAACAGGUCCAUUGAUGUGCUGGUUGUAACUGACCAUUUCACACGGCUCGCUCAGGCCUUUCCUUGCCGUGACCAAUCUGCAAAACAAGUGGCGAGGCAGCUUUGGGACAAGUACUUUUGCAUUUAUGGUUUUCCUGAGAGAAUCCAUUCUGACCAAGGCCCAUCCUUUGAAAGUCAACUCAUAAGCGAACUGUUGAAAGUUGCUGGUGUGAGAAAAUCUCAUACGACUCCUUACCAUCCAAUGGGUAACGGCAGUGUGGAACGCUUCAACAGAACACUGGGAAACAUGAUAAGAGCACUUGCACCAGAUGCAAAACAGAAUUGGCCAAAACAACUUCAGACAUUGACUUUCAUGUACAACUGCACAGUCAAUGAAACCACAGGUUAUGCCCCUUUUUAUUUGAUGUAUGGGAGAGUGCCACGCCUCCCUGUUGAUGUGCUUUUUAAGAACAUUCUUCAAGAUCCUGAAAUUGGUGGAUAUGACAAAUAUGUACUGUCCCUAACUAAAGAUCUUCAAGAUGCUAUGGUCAUAGCUCAAAAUCAUGCAAACAAGGAACAAGAUCGACAGGCUGGUCUCUACAAUCGCCAAAUAAAAGGGAAAUCUAUUGGGGUCGGUGACCGUGUUUUAGUGUCAAACAAGCGUGAACGAGGCAAACGCAAAACUGCUGACCGCUGGGAGUCUACAGUGUACACAGUUGUGGGCAUGAACCCUACAACUUACACAUAUCAAAUAAAACACCCCACCACUGGUCAAAUUCGAGUUGUGCAUCGUAACCUUUUGAUGCUAGUGAACUUCUUGCCUGUUGAUACAUCCAGUCAACUUAUUGACUCCACUGCCGUCACACCUGGAAGCUCUGACAUUAACUCUAUUUCAGAUGUUCUGGAAUCAGUCAUUCAGAAAAGUGAAUCAAGAAUCAGAACACAAGACUGGGUCAGCUCCCUAUCUGAUGAGCCCCUUGAUGUUGCUCCUGUGAAUGACUCUGAGGGGGAUGUUGUCUCUGCAGCACAGGCAGACGAGGAAUCUCUGUUGCCUCCUAGUGAGAUGGACUGUGACAAUGCUUCAGUUGACACACAGAGUGUUUGUCCACACACUUCACUAGUUGCUCAGUCUGUUACUGACACUGAGCAUACCACUACUUACACAGUCAGAACUCGUGUUGGUAGGAUAGUCAAGCCUGUCAAUAGACUGAUCCAGGUGAUGACCAACAUAGUUACUAAUGAUGAUGCUAGUCAGCUUUUUGACCGGGUUUCUAAUUCAGUGUUUCAAAUGUUCCAGCAGAGACAUUAGUAGUAAUAGAUUCUUUUGUAAUCUGACUUUUUCCUUGUUCUGAGUUUAUGUAUUUAUUUUUGUAAUGUAUAUCACCACUGUUGGUACAGGUCCAGGUUUAGGGACCCCUUUUACUUUUUGGGCAUGGAUUAUGUGGGAUGUAGGCUGCAUCCUGCUUCUGGGAGCUGGCAAGGAAUAAGGCACCAUUUUCUUGCCACUUCAUCCUUUGUAAAGGAUACUAUUUCAGUUGGACUUUGUAUAUCCAUGACAGCCAAUUCAUGUAAUUUAUUUAUUCAUUUAUUUAUUUCCCGUUAUGGUGAUAAUUCUGCACUUUAACCAUUUUGGUCAAAAUUCAGCAGGGGUGGGUGUAACAGAGAGAAAAUUGUGUAUGAGUGUGUAUUUGAAUUUUGCUCAAAAUAAUAAUAAUAAUAAUAGUGUGUAUGUGUUUGGGAUUUUCAAUUUAUGUGUUUGAGCCACCUAGUGGUGUGAUGAGUGACUGCACGCAACGGGUCCUUCAGGCGCUCUCUUGGCUUCCCCCAUCAGAGUUCUGAGGAGCGCUGGUGGAGCUGUGGACCAGUUGUGUGGAGUCACAUUAUUUCUGUUCAUAACACAUUAGGUGACAAACAACAAGAGGGUUACACAAG